AUGCCCCUAGUAUCCGGGCCAGCCAGAGAUGUACGGCGCAGGGGAGCGCCCAGCUACCAUGUGCUCCGCAAACUCGCCGAAGCAAGCGGCCCGCUGCAGACUCGUCCACGCACCGACACCACAGCGAGCCUCGCAAGCCCCGACGGCCAGCAGCGCCCGGAGAUAACGAAGACCCAGCCGGACACCACCACCGAGCGCUCCCCCGAGAGGGGCAGCCCAGGAGUCAGACACCGUCCCCGGGCGCGCCCUACCGACCCCGACACGCCAGAGCGCUGCUGUCCCGGUUUGACUUUGGCUUACCGGACAGUUGGAGGAACACUAUUUGCUGAGACCCCAAGCUGUCACCUCCUGGCACCAGAGAUGACAGCCACCGUGGCUUUCCUGCUUCUGAGCCUUCUGAGGAUGACGGCUCCCAAGGGAGUGUGGUGCCCAGCCUGGGGGCUGGAGGCCCUGGCCCCCACCACGCAGCGGGACAUCCUCAUCGCGCUGGCAAAGCAGAGCAUCCUCUCCAAGCUCCGCUUGCCAGACAGGCCCAACAUCACUCAGGCCACAUCCAGGGCGGCCCUGCUGACGGCUCUCCGCAGGAUGCGUGCACAGCACAUGGACACGGCCGGCUCCCCAGGGAUGCCCCAUGACGGCAGCAUCCCACACCUGCGUCCUGGGAUGGGUGUGCAGGAAUACGAGAUCUUGAGCUUUGCCGAGUCAGGGUUCUCCACCUCCCACAGCGUUCGCCUGCAUUUCCACUUCACCCGGGAGCUGGCUGGGAACACUGAGAUCCUGCAAGCCACCCUCUACCUGUUCUGGGUAGUCCCCGGCCCCAGGACACAUCCUGUCACUGUCAGACUCUUGCAACCAGACCCGACGGGGCUGAACAUGACUGUGGCCAGUGAGACACAGCUAGAGGUGCAGAGGACUGGCUGGGCCACGCUGGACGUGGGCCGAGCUGUCCAGAGCCUCUUCGGCCAAGGGAGCCAGAUGCUCACUGUGGAGCUGGAGGUGGCAGAGGACUGGGGGUCUCCCCUCCUGGCUGGCCACGGUGAUUCCCACUGGCCAUUUGUGGCAGCCCAGGCCCGAGCCAGGAUGCCCCACCGGGUCCAGCGGCGUGGCGUUGAUUGCAGUGGGGACUCUCGGAUGUGCUGCCGCAAGGAAUUCUUUGUGGACUUCAAGGAGAUCGGCUGGGAGGACUGGAUCAUCCAGCCAGAGGGAUAUCACAUGAACUACUGCACAGGGCUCUGCCCCCUGCACAUGGCUGGCAUCCCUGGCCUCGCUGCCUCCUUCCACACAGCUGUCCUCAACCUCAUCAAAGCCAACAAUGCGGAUGCAGCCGUGGACUCCUGCUGCGUGCCCACGCAGCGUCGCCCUCUCUCUCUGCUCUACUAUGACCAGGACAGCAACAUCGUCAAGACUGACAUCCCCGACAUGAUUGUCGAUGCCUGCGGUUGUACCUGA